AUGCAGAUGUUGAAGGGUGACAAAGUCAGAGAGUAUUUUGAUAAGGUGGUUGCCAUUACCAAUCAAAUGAAGGGGUGUGGAGAAAUCGUCACGGAUCUAAUGGUGAUUGAAAAGAUCAUGAGGUCUUUACCUCAGAAAUUUGAUUACAUAGUCGUGGCGAUAAAAGAGUCAAGAGAGCUGGAAAAAAUGAAAAUAAAAGAAUUGCAAAGCUCCCUGGAAGCGCAUGAGAUGAGGAUGUUUGACAGAAAUCCUAUUAAGAUUGAUGAACAAGCACUGAAGGUUCAUCAUGAUGCAGUGGAGGAAAAGGGUAGUCUGGAGAAGUAUCAGAAGAAGAAAGAUAAGAAGAGCAUAGAGUGUUACAAUUUCCACAAAUUUGGACACUAUGCGUAUGAGUGUUAUGCCAAUAAAGGGAAGCAGAAGAAGCACCAGAUCAAGGAGGCUUAUCUAGCUCAAGAAGACUCAGACUCCAGACCCAUCACCUUAAUGGUAACCAUGUCUGCAACUAAUUCUGAGUCUCAAAACAAGAUGUGGUAUUUAGAUUCGGGAUGCUCGAAUCACAUGACCUAUCACAAAGAAUGGCUGGUCAAUCUUGAUGAGUCCAAGAAGAGUAAGGUGAAGGUUGCAGAUGAUAGUAUCUUGAAGGUAGAAGGAAUUGAAGAUGUGAUUAUCAGGAGGAAAUAUGGUUCAGAAGCCAGAAUCACCAAUGUGCUGCUUGUUCCAUAA